UUUGAGAAAGAUUGCUUAUCUCUCUCCUCCUCCGUCCACAAGUCGGUUGGGCUCAGAAAUCAAUGUAACCUAUCCAAACGACCCCAGUAGUUGCUCUUCACCGGGAUGUGUUUUAACAUGCGUUGACGGACUUUAAUGAAUCUGGGACCAUCGCGAGGUAAACCCCAUUAACGGCUACUUGAAGUAUUUGUCGUUCGCCAUUCCGAUGAAUGCUGCGCCAAGCAGCGCUGCGUAAAGUCAAUCACACUGUGUGGACUCCAGCCCGACACUCGGCGUUGUGAGAGCGAAAGAACAGAGCUGAUUAUCUGGUCCCGGAACGUUACUCGGAAGGACAGAAGGAAAAGACUGCUUUAGUGUGACGUAAAAGUUUAAAGAAAGUUGGGACGAGGAGAAAACGCCGCGUUCCGUCUGUGAACGCACGAUUUCUGCGCACACAUGACGAGUAUUGAUCCACCUGGUGCAAAACUAGAAGAAAUUCGAUACAGAAGAAGCUGUUAAAGGCGCGUUAAAGUCUGCAACUACUUGAUUGCGGCUGUAAAUGACUUGUUGAAUGAGAAGCUUGUCCCAGGAGCGCGUUUAAAUGAUGCUGCUUGUGGCAAUAACCACAGUUGACGGGAGAUCAACUCAGGCAUCUGCUGAUUUAUGAGGAGCAUCACUGCAUCUCCAGCGCAUCACAGCUGACCGUUAACUGACCCCUUUAUCAACCAUCAACACUAGUGAAGAGGCUGAUUUGUUGACACACCUCAUCAGCCAGGCAGAAGUGGCGGCAAUCAAAGACGAAACAACUGAAUGGGGCCUAAUCGUCGCCUGAAGCUGCUCGCGCAAAAGUAGCAGGAUGGUGCCACAGUUCCCGAAUGCCUCAGUGCGCUGUUCAAAGCUGCUCUUAGUUUAGAACGUCUUCGGUGGUUUUGUCGUUUCUGUGACGAAGCAGCAGCGGCGGCUAUAAACACAGAUAAAGAGUCCUACAGAAACUAUCCAGAAAGAGAUCAGCGAUGCUCUGGCCUGUACUGUUCACUCUGCAGGCCGUGGCGCAAGCUAUGCAACAUUACCCGGCGGCCUGGGGACACUAUGACGUGUGCAAGUCCCAGAUCUAUACGGAGGAGGGCCUGGCGUGGGACUACAUGGCCUGUCAGCCGGAAGCCACCGACAUGACAAAGUACCUGCGAGUGACCCUCGACCCCCCAAAUAUCACGUGUGGAGAUCCGCCAGAAACGUACUGCGCUUUGGAGAAUCCUUAUAUGUGCAACAACGAAUGUGACGCCGCCACCGAGGAGCUGGCUCAUCCUCCUGAGCUGAUGUUUGACUUUGAGGGCCGCAACCCAACGACCUUUUGGCAGUCAACGUCGUGGAAGAAAUACCCAAAGCCGCUCCAGGUCAACAUCACGCUGUCGUGGAACAAGACGAUCGAGCUGACGGAUGACAUCGUGCUCACCUUCGAGUCGGGCCGGCCCGAGCAGAUGGUCCUGGAAAAGUCGCUCGACUACGGCCGGACCUGGACCCCGUACCAGUUUUACGCCACCGACUGCCUGGACGCUUUCACCAUGGAACCCAAGACGGUGAACGACCUCACCCAGCGCACCCUGCUGGACAUCAUAUGCACCGAAGACUAUUCCCGCGGCUACGUGUGGAAAAACGACAAGACCGUGCGUUUCGAGAUAAAGGACCGCUUCGCGCUGUUCGCCGGCCCUCGACUGCACAACAUGGCCUCGUUAUACGGCCAGCUGGAUACCACCAAGAACCUAAGGGACUUUUUCACAAUCACUGAUCUGAGGAUUAGGCUGCUGAAGCCAGCCACUGGAGCCACCAUGGUGGAUGAGAACAACCUGUCGAGAUACUUCUACGCUAUCUCUGACAUCAAAGUGCAGGGCAGGUGCAAGUGCAACCUGCAUGCCAACAGCUGUGUGUUUGACAAGGGGAGGCUGGGCUGCGAGUGUGAACACAACACCACAGGGCCCGACUGCAGCCGCUGUAAGAGACAUUACCAUGGAAGAGCGUGGAGUGUGGGCUCCUAUCUCCCUAUACCCAAAGGAACUGCGAAUAUAUGUAUUCCCAGUAAUCAUGGACCAGUGCAUCGAGCAAAUGCUUCAUCUCUUGGUGUUGCAAAUCGUAACCAAGCCCGGGUGUGCGACAACGCGAUGCUGCGCUGUCAGAACGGCGGCACGUGCCACCACCAUCAGCGGUGCCACUGUUCCCCCGGCUUCACGGGCGUCCUGUGCGAGAGAGCUCGCUGCCAGGGUCCCGGGGAGUGCGAUGACCAAUUGCCUGGACGGGCCUCGUUCCAUCAUCACCCCACGGGCCGCCAGCUUGCUCUUACCCUUGUAGUGCUCCCUCUAUUGAUUGUUUCCCUUUGCUGAGGGACCCGAACCAAAUCCUCAACCAAAACCCUGAGACCACAAAUGCUGAAAUUGAACUCUCAACCUUAAGGACAUGAAGAAUGUGUGGACAAUGUGCUCGGCAUACAAUAUAAGCAACUCUUUUCUAUAUCCAAGGUCGGCUGCGGCAGGCGACAGUGGGAUUAGUGCGACGGGGGUUGUGCACCGAUGUGUUACACUGGAUGAUUUUCGGGAAAGGCUCGGGGAAGUCACUGCUGUCUUCACAGAGAAAGCCCUUGCUUUGUGUCACUGGCUAAUAUUUCAUUAAAAGCAGACUGGAGACUCUCACUCAGAUACAGAUAUCCACAUUCUGAGAGCAAACUGUACAAAACUAGACACACAAUUCCCAAGCAUCAUCCGAAUUCAUUAAAAUAAAUAAAAUAAAAUAAAUAAAUAAAUAAAUAGUGUGGACGGGGACAUCUUAAAACAUUUUGACUCACUGCCUCCUCCCUUAGUUGUUCUCCUCUCCUUCCCCCUCACUCUUCCCGGUUUCCCUCACAUCUCUCUCCCUGCUGUGCUUUGGUGACGCUGGUGAUUUUUACUUUGCUGACGGGUGUCUGUUGUCUUUUUGUUUAUUUUUUUUUGCCAAAUGCUGCACAUGUGUCAUUAUCAAGCCCCUUACAAGUAUGUUACUUUUAUUUUUUCCAAGGCUUCGUAGUCAUGCUUGAGCUCAUCUGUACAGGGAGGGAGGGAGGGGGGGGUUAAAAAAAAAAAGUUGUAACAUACUGUAACUGUAUUUAAUUUUGUAUAAAACAGAUAUUUUCAUGACUACGCAAAACAAAAAGAUGUAUUACUUGUUUUCUAUUGCUACUGACCUGUCCUACAGUAGAUGUGGACUAUGAGUGCGUAAAAAGGGUUGUAUUAUUUCUUUGCUUGUGCGACGCGUUCUCUUCACCUGAGAGCUCCCGUCGAAACUAUGUUUACAUACACAUGUACACAAUACACUUCCACCAAAGCAAAAAGCGAAAAAAAAAACAUGUCUUUGUCUUGUUGUUGAGCAGUAGUAAUUUUAUUAAGUAGUAACAUUUGAGACGAGAUGUGUAGAGUGCAAACAGUGUAUUGUUUGUAGCCGAUGACAAUAGCUGAAUGUCAUUUUAAAAGGAUUUUUAAAAAGCUAUCAAUGCCAAUUAUUGACCAUUUCACUGAAGCAACAGUUGCUGGUAAUAAUAUGUAUCAGUCAGCAAAUACCUUUCUGGUUCCAUGACUUUGGUUGUUUCAUUUAAUGUGUUGUAACACAUCCUUGUUGUGCUCACAAAACAUGGGAGAAGGGGAAGAACCUCGACGAAAUCCCAUCAGCUUUAUGUAAAUUUAACAAGACUCGGAGAGAAGGAGAUUGCACGGCUGUCUUAGAGGUUGUCCAGCUCAAAUCUGUAAUCAGAUCUAAUCCUUGAAUCAAAUGGGAAGAGGGGGAGGUUUUCUGAGCUGGUACGGUUGAAAGCCUGCAUCCUGCUGCGGGAGCCGCCGCAAAGCUGCACGUUCAGGAAAUGAGCUUUAAUUCACGGAGGGUCAAUGAAUAGAAAUGAAGUCGCGUCCCACUGGGUGACAUAUUGAGCACUGAGACCAAUUUCAUUUGAGAGAUUAAUUUUACUCCUGAGGUUGUUAUGAAACACCUAAUUGUGCUCGAGUUAAAUGUAAGUGCCUCUCAUUAAAUGAUGCUGUCUGUGUGAAAAGAGUAGCAAAUGCCUUUUUCGACAGAGACUCUUGCUGUUGCAGAGCAACUUGUGGAAACUGAGGAUUUGAAACGUAUUUGAAAAUGGGUGAAUCCACUGUGUAACUUUCAUAAAUCUCUGGAAGUAAAAAAAAACAAAUAUUUAGCAGAGAAAACACAAGAAGAAACUGUACAAUUGUACAUUUAGAAAAUAAAUAAUCACUAUCAGUGUUGGUGUGCAUUGAGAUGUGUUAAGAGCGGAGGGGAGGGUUCGUGUUUUGUUUAUUCCACAACCAACAACACAAGAGCAAAACUGUGAAGAAUGGAUUAGAUGUGCAUAUCUGCUAACCUAAGUGGCAAAUGUUAGCACGUUCAGCUAACUGGAUGACAAAAAACAAUAAAGCCAAGGAGCUUUAAUUCUUUGUGGAAGGUCAUAACAAAUGUCCAUCCAUUACAUAGUAUCCUAAUACUAGGAUACCCAAUUUCUGCACGCCAGGGGAUGCUAUCAGAGGAUGUUGUACAUGUUAGCAAUUAGCGUCCCAUGUAGCAUAUUAGAUUCUGGUGGGUUCCGUAUACCAGCAACUGCCGCUUAUCCGCUUAUGCUAGCAUUAGAUUCAUCAACACAGCAUUCACUCAAACAUUUCAGUGUUCAAAGCAUACUUGGUGGAAACACAAACAAUAAAGCAUCUACCAUCUUCCUUGCUUGUAGCUAGUAAAGUGUGUAUACCACUAAAAAGGGUUUGGUAAUGUUGGAAUGAAAGUGUUUUCCCUGUUAAGCUUGGUUUCCAUACUUCUGCAAUGGAUGCACGCAGAGCCUAUAACGCACACUACGAUUUUGUGGGAUUGGUGUUUCACUGUUGCUCGGUGGCGUAAUUUCUAUGACAUGAGGUAAAAAGACAGUGAAUAGUUUGUUCUUGUGUGGCCAUUGAGAGACAUGGAUGAGGGAGGAGUCUGUGUAUCGGUGUAAUGUGCAUUACAUUUUAAGGAGGUGCACAACAGACAGCAUGUCAUGCAGCUUGGGGUACUGCUUAGGGUGCAUUGUAGGGUACAGUGUAGGGUACAGUUUAGGGUAAAGCGUGGGGUACGGCUUAGGGUACAGUUUAGGGUGCACCAUGGGGUAUGACUUAGAGUACAGCGUAAGCGUAAGUUGCACAAGUUGUGCAGUAAGAUGAGCAGUAUUGUGUACGUGACCCAUGUCUUAUUCCACGAAUUGAAAGGCAGCAUAUGUAACGAUCAGCUUCCCAUUGACUUCCUAUAAGACGUAAUCUGAAUGUCCACAAGGGUCAGCAUCUUGAUCCCUCAUUAUUCCAGAUGAGGACAUUGUUGACUUUGUUGUUUCGAUCGCUCUGGUGUCAUCACUGUUCUUCUUUUCAGGCAAACAAUCCCCCUGAUAACCGCAGAAAUGGAGGAAUGGCCGUAUACAUUAGACUGAAAUGACCACAGUCAAGAUGGAAAAGCCCAUUUGUGUGACCGGACCGGAUGCACGUUGUCGCGUUACGUUGUCACAAAAUUGUUGUUGGUGACCAAGCAACCUGACAGAGCUUUUCACCAUUACGGACAUGGAUGGAUUUUGAAAAAAAAAAGCAAGAAAUGAGUGGAGCAAUUUAGUAAUUAAUGAGCCUCAGUAAAUUAAUUAUUUCGGAGACAGGUGCAAUUACAGUUUGAUAUAAACUGUAAUAUAAUCAGACACGUUCUUUUGUGUGCCCCUCAAUAAAAAUCCAUAUUUUUGGUGAAGAUUUUUUUAGUGAAUUCACUCCCAUUGUCAUAUGAAGCUAAACUUAAUAUGCAUGCUAACAAGAGGGUUUAGGAAGAGGUCAAUUGCGCUUACAAACUUAGUAGAGCAGGUAAGCAGGUAAAAGUGGAAAACUACUUUGCUCUUAACCCUAUUCAGCAACGACAUGUUACCUGUCCAGCACUCUAGUUUUCUCAUCAAAUCCUCUACCUGAACUGUCUCUGCAGAUUGUAAAAAUGGCCCAGAUAAGACCGCUUGUCAAGACAGUUUGAGAAAAAAAAAGUUUUGGAACAGUGUUUAAGAUCCACUGUGUGUGUGUGUGUGUGUGUGUGUGUACAUGAAAGAUAAUUACCCUUAUGACAUGUUAGUGCAAUAAAACUGGAGUUUUAUGACCCUUGCUCCUGGCCUUGGGCUGUGUUUAGCUAUUAACCAUGAAAAGUUUAAAAGGUUAAAUUCAAAUCUCUUGCACUUAAAUUCAGACUAUGGGUCAAAAAGGUUGAUGAACAACUGGACGGAGACCAUUUUGCCAUAAUGUCCCAUAAUUCCUCUACAUGGCCUGCUUCUCUGCUGGAGAAUGGUAAUGGGAGUAUUUAACAAAAUGUUCUCUUUUCUGCACUGGAUGUAUAAGGAAAAUAAAUAAAUUAAGGUGGUGUUGAACAUAUAGAUAUAUUUUAAGAAUGCUGUCACUCAGAUAUAUGUGACAGCAGUGGAGCAUUUCAUGAUAAUGAUUUUUUUUUUUUGGUAUAAUUUUGGAGUGCUGCACGGGGCUUUUUCUUUCCACUGGUCAGAAUCCAGAG